UCUUGUUUUUAUUCUCUUUUCAAAUAAAUAGGGUUCAAUUUGGAAAUGACAGUGCAAUUAAACAAGACGUUCACAGAAACAUUGAAAAAUACAACAAGUGCUGAAUACAAAAAUCUUAAAGACAUCAUGACUACAUUGUUAAACAAGGAGUAUGGAGGAAUCACAGGGUUUAUUGGUGUUUCUGUGACAGGAUUCAGAGAAGGAAGCAUAUUUACAGAGUUUGUUGUUGAGACUACAGAGGUUAAUGCUGAAGAAUUCGCUGAAGCAAAUAAAGAAUUUUCAAAAGCAGUAACCUCUACUAUUGCCCCUGUCAUUGGCUCUGUCACUGCAUUGUACAACAGUGAAGAUAAAUUAAGGAUUGACGGCAUAAUUUAUAAUGGAAAUCGCAUGAGACUGGUGUGCGAACCCAGUAUUAAUGUGGGACAAAUAAGUAGUGUUAAGUGGACAUUUCGUGGAAGGGAAUGUACCAAUGCACUCUGAUGGGCGACGUAUUGCAGUUCAGACAAGAAAGGGACGUGAUUGGAGAUG